AAUUCCUCUCUUCUCUUCUCUUCUUUACUUACAACACGUUAUCAGCACGAGACUCUAAACCAUAGCUAAAAUCCAGCGACCACAAAAACUCUAAUUUCAGCCGCAACUUUAAACCGUCAUAUCUCCCUAACCGUAAGGAUCCAGACGACGAGUAAUAUAUCAAAUUGAAGCUCUUGACAAGACGAAUCCAGAGCCGCAGACCACGCAUCAAUCCGACUCCAGACGCGCCGUCACCUCCCAGUGCAAGCCGCGCCGUCAAAGAUCAUCCAAAACCCUAAUAGCCGCCAACUCCUUAUCUCUCUUAAUUUCGAUUUCUAUUGUUCUUAGAUCUCAUACUAAUCCAACUUUGAAACUUUCAUUGUUGAUUGUUUAAGGUUUCUAAAAGAGGAACCAAGGAGAAAAGAUCGGCAAAGAUUAAGAAGCAUAUGAUGCGCUAGAUCCAGAAGGCAACAUUACAAUGAAAUGGGAUGUCAUGAGCUGGACUCCUGAUGGCUAUGUUGCUGUGGUUACCAUGUUCAACUUCCAAAAGUACAGACACAUUCCAUCUCCAGGAUGGACUUUAAGUUGGAAAUGGGCUAAGAAGGAAGUUAUAUGGAGUAUGGUCGGAGCUCAAACAACCGAACAAGGUGAUUGUUCAAAGUACAAAGGAAACCUACCGCAUUGUUGUAAGAAAGAUCCAACGGUUGUAGAUUUGCUCCCGGGGACUCCUUACAACCAGCAGAUUGCAAACUGCUGCAAAGGCGGUGUCAUGAACUCGUGGGUUCAAGACCCUGGCACCGCAGCUAGCUCCUUCCAGAUCAGCGUUGGCGCUGCUGGAACCACGAACAAAACCGUCCGCGUGCCGAGAAACUUCACUCUCAUGGGCCCUGGUCCUGGCUACACUUGCGGUCCUGCUAAGAUUGUGAGACCAACCCAGUUUGUUACUCCUGACACACGCAGAACCACUCAGGCCAUGAUGACAUGGAACAUAACGUGCACAUACUCUCAGUUCCUCGCUCAGAGAACUCCAACCUGUUGCGUUUCUUUGUCUUCUUUUUACAACGAAACCAUUGUGGGAUGUCCAACUUGCGCUUGCGGAUGCCAGAACAACAGAACAGAAUCCGGUGCCUGUCUCGACCCUGACACACCUCACUUGGCGUCUGUUAUCUCACCACCGACUAAGAAAGGAACAGUCUUGCCACCGUUAGUGCAGUGCACGAGACACCUGUGUCCCAUCCGAGUGCAUUGGCACGUGAAGCAGAACUACAAAGAGUAUUGGCGAGUGAAGAUCACCAUCACAAACUUCAACUACCGUUUGAACUACUCGCAGUGGAACAUGGUUGCUCAGCAUCCCAACCUCGACAACAUCACUCAGAUCUUCAGCUUCAACUACAAAUCUCUCUCUCCUUACGCCGGCUUAAACGAUACGGCGAUGCUGUGGGGGAUGAAGUUCUACAACGACUUCUUAUCGGAGGCAGGGCCGCUUGGGAACGUGCAGUCUGAGAUUUUGUUCCGUAAGGAUCAAUCAACCUUCACGUUCGAGAAAGGAUGGGCUUUUCCUCGUAGGAUCUACUUCAAUGGUGACAAUUGCGUCAUGCCUCCUCCUGAUGCCUACCCUUUUCUUCCCAACGGUGGCUUCCGGACACAACUCUCCUCAGUCAUCUCCUCCGUCCUCCUACCUCUUCUUCUUGUCUUUUUCUUCUUUUUCUCCGCGUAAAUCUCAGAUCCACGGUUUUGCCACUGACGAACGGUUCUGUUUCCGGUUCGGUUACGGUUAGACCGGCUGGUUUGAUUGUACGGUGGAGUGGUAUAAACUUUAUUUUUUAUGUAAUUUUUUUGUUUCCCAAAAAAAAAAUAGAAUCUUUUGAUACUUUUAUUUAAAGAGUACUAGAUAUGAAUCCGCGGACAUUGUUUUACAAAAUACCAUUAAAAUUAUUCAGAUUAUACUAUAAGAUUUUCAAUUUUAUGGUUUA